AUGGACAGAUUGGCAGAGGAGAUUCAUCCAGCAGCAAACGCACAUCCACCACCCAUGGAGAAAAGCCAGCAGCCCCACAAUCAAGUAGCGUGCAAUGAUGAAGAAGCGCCUUCAAGAGAGGAGAUUGGCGGACAAGUCCAGGAGACUGAUUCAGCAGUUAGUACACCUCUAGCAUCCAUGGAUACACAGCACAGCGGCCAACCUAAAGACGCCUCCAAUGAUGUCAGUUCAGAGACUGUACAGGGAACUUACAGAUCGGCAGGGGAGAGACAUCCAGCAGCUAAUGCAUCUCUAUCAUCCAUGGAUAUAAAGCAGAACGACCAACCUAAAGACGUCUACAAUGAUGCCAGUUCAGGUAAAUUACAGUGUACUGACAGAUCAGCACAGGAGACUAAUCCAGCACCCAGCGCACCUAUUCAGAGAGAAUCUGUGGUUAGCAAGGAGGAAGAUUGGAGGAGCAUUAGCAGCAGCAGUGAGGAAGGUGCUUUGAAAGACACCCCUAAGUAUGCCAUAAAAUCUUCAAGACAGGCGUCCAAGGAUACACAUCAGAACGUCCAACCUAAAGACGCCUCCAAUGAUGCCAGUUCAGAUAUAGAUGAGGUGAUUGACAGAUCGGCAGAGGAGAGUCCUCCAGCAGCGAAUGCACGUACACCGCCCACGGAGACUGAUCAGCAGUUUUACACUAUGAUUGCCUGCGAUGCUGCCAGAACAUCUUCAAGAGAGGGGGUUGACAGACCGGUUCAGGAGACUAAUCCAGCAGCCAGUGUACCUCCAGCGUCCAUGGAUACACAUCAGCAGGCUACGCUAAAGGAGCCCCUGAGGAUGCCGAAACGUCUUAAGGACAGGGGGCCAGCAGAUCAAAAGAGAAGACUAAUCCAGCAGCUAGUGCACCUCAUCUGCCAUGCCAUACACAUCAACAGGUACACACGGAAGACGCCAUCAAUGAUGCCAGUUCAGAUAUAG